AUGUCUGACUCGGAUUCUGACCUUGACCUUGGCCAUGCCGAACAUGCACGCUUUGUGUAUAUGGUUAAGACGGAGAAUUUCAGGUCCAAUCAGGGAGUUUUCUUCGGGAAGCACUUUCCCGAACCAUUCAUGGAAGCCAUUGUCUGGGCUCUUCUGAACUACAUGAGGAGCACUGGUGGAAGCUCUAUAUUGGGCAAGUGCCCAUUUUCUGAGGAGCCCAAGGAAGAGCCACUAUUUUGCGUGGAUUUAGAAGCAGACGAGCAGGGGCCGGAUCAGCUAAGCGUCGGAGAGCCUGAGCCGAUAGAUCUUACGAUAGAGAAAUGGCGUGAGGAGAUGAUUCAUCCAAGAGAGCGGAUUAUCUUGACUAGGUAUUCUCCGGGUUUCAACCCACAGGAAAAAUACUGGCAAUUCCAACUUAUAUCGGAAGCCCUAAAGAGGGUUGGAAUGUCGUCCGUGGAUGGAAAGAUUGAAAAUCUAGGGGGUUUGUCAACCGAGCAGAACAUCGCUUGGGAGCCUACUCUGGACCAUUCAGUUGAUGGUUUAGAUCCUUCAGUGAACAGCCAAAUUGACCAAUUUGACCCAAUUAAAAUGGCAGCGACUGCAGAUAUAGAAGCAAGUAUGGCUGCAGAGAUUGAUGCGAGUGACUUUCAGUCCUCCACACUGAUCAUUCCAACGGAAGAGUCCUUGGAGCGAUUUGAACAGCAUCGAAAGAUACUGGACAAUCAUGAAUAUCAGAUAAACAAUCACGAAGAGGCCUGUCAGAUUCUCAAAAUCGCAAAUCCUAGAACGCCGCGAAUGAGAUCUAUGAACCGAUCAGUCGUUCUGAAGUUCUGGCAGCCGGUUCGAGGUGCUAUACUUGGCGAUUCUGUGGGGCUAGGAAAGACGUGGAUGGCCAUUGGCGUAAUGCUUAAGAUCUGGGAAGAUUAUAACCAAUCUGUGAAAAAUGCAAUAAGCGAAGGAAAGGAACUCCCGCCAGGUAAACCAUUCCUGGUCGUCAUGCCUCCGUCACUUAUCAUGCAAUGGUGCGCAGAGAUCACUCGGGUUACAGACAAAUUGCAAGUUGUGUUGUAUUAUGGCAACAAGACAUCCAAAGAGGGCAUACGGCCAGUGAAGACUAUACUGUGCAAGGAACAUGAGCUGUUUGAUGGUUCACCAGUCAAUGGUCGAAAAGUAGUUAUUACCUCUUAUCAAACACUUAGCAACCGGCAUGGGCCCACUGCCAUAAAAACAUGGUGUAACAGAACACAUCAGGUUUAUAUGGAGGAUAUACCAACUCCACCACAGGGUUUUCCGCAUCGACUUGACAGGUGUUUUUCAGAUGUGAUUAUUGAUGAGGGGCAUACGCUUCGAAAUUCGGAUACCUCACAGUCCAGGGCAGUCCACUGGUUGAAGGCGAACUUCUAUCUACUAUUGACUGCCACCCCUAUUUACAACUCUCGUGAAGACAUGCGCGGAUAUAUCCCACUACUAUUUCAUCCACCCUCUCAGGGGGAUAUGCAUACGUUGAGGACGUUAGGAAGAGACAUUUUCAAAUUACCCCUUGAGAACCCUGCGAGGAGCGUUUGCUGCACGGAAAAGGCAGUGGAAGAGUACAUUCUUGACAAUAAAGUGCCACCAAUGGCGGCAGGGGAGCGCCUACGUGUCAUAUUUGGCCAGAUUCAUGGAAGCGAUAUACCGCCAACCCAUCGCAGAGUAUGUACUGUGGUAUACAGUCAAAAAGAAUCUGCUAUGUAUACUAGGCUUUCUGCUAUUCAUUACGAUGGCCUAUUCAUGGAGGAUCCGAGGGAUCCAACCAAAGUAGUUUGGAACAUGGCCAAACUCCGCAAACUUUAUCUUUUGACCGCAUGGCUAGGUUUCGAUUAUCUCGAGCAUACGCUCCACGCACCCAAGAUACCAAAAGCCUGCAGCAAGUUGAAACAAGGGACUUUAGGAGCAUUCUUCGCACGAACCAUAGUGGGGAAAAUGAAGCCUCAACGCCAAGAGUCUAUCUACCAGAGCAUCGAAUCGAUAGUAGGAACGCGGAGAACCUGGGUUCUCGAGUUCCUCCUGAAGGGGUCGCCCAAAAUGAGGGCUAUGCUUCCCGUCUUGCGUGAUCAGGUGAUUGUUCAUAGCGAAAAAGCAAUGGUAUGGACCCAGUUCCCUGCUGAACAGAUCUAUGUUGCAGCAGUUCUUAAAGAGGCCAAUAUCGAUGCGGAGAUCUUCCAUGCCGGACUGACUCGUGAUGAGAGGAUGAAACUCAUUGAGCGGUUUACACAGAAGCAUGACGAAUGCAUGGUAUUGAUAUGUGCAUAUAAUGUCAAUGCUGCUGGCAUGAAUCUACAGAAUCUCUGCCGCAACGUUCAUAUCCUUUCGAUGGGCUUGUCCAAGUCGGUUGUUAACCAGGCGAUUGGAAGAGUAAGUCGACUCGGUCAAGAGCGUAUGACGUUCGUCUACGAGUAUCGCCUUCGGUCCUCCUUUGACGAAGACCUUGUUUCCCGCAGUGAGCGGAAAGCCCUUCCAGGUUUAGUCGCAGACCUUGGUGAUGGUUUCAGUUUCCCUUCAAUUUCGGAAGAUGGAGAAUGUCUAAACGACCAAUGGGUACUACGAGCUGGAGAGUUGUAUCAACUUGCACCUGGUGAGCCUGUAAGAAAGGAAGACAUCACGGAAAGUAAACCUAUUCUCAAGAAGUUAAUGAGGUCUAUGGAAGACACCAUUUAG